AUUGCGUCUUACUUUGCUCAGGUUAUUUGCAAACCUAUAAACCUAUAUACAUACAUAUAUCUAUCUAUAUAUAUAACUUAUGAGAAAAGUAUUGUUUAGGAGUUAUGCAUUAGCCAGUGUCUCUGCUAUUGACAUUUGUGACUUUGCACUUUGUUUACUGCAUAGUCACUGCACCCAUGCAAAAGUGGCGCAUUUGCAAUGCAAAUCACAAUAACUGUCUCUAAUGUUUACUACGCAAGGCGGCAACGGCGGCGCUGGUGGCUGGGGCGGCGCCGCAGGCUCACCUGGAGCGCCCGGAGCACCGGGCAGCAGUGACUUUGGCUACGGCUAUGCGGGUGUAGACAGUCGUGGACAUGCGUAUGGCGGUGCUGGUGGCAAUGGUGGCUACUAUGUUGGCGGCGUGGACGACCAAGGCAGACGCUUCACAUAUAGCGGAGGUGCGGGUGGUAUGCCGGGUAUGCCAGGCGCACCCGGUGGCUAUCCCGGAGCGCCCGGUGCACCGAUUGGUCCAGUUGGACCCGGCAAUUACCCGGGCUACUAUGAUCACCGCUACCGUUCCGCAGCUAAUGUUAAGUUUGCGCAGGCGCACUGGUUGUGGCUACUAAUACCAUGCGCGGUACUCUCGCGGUUUUUGUGAAAUUAAAAAUAUUAUUUUUAUUAAUUAAAAAAUAUUUUUAAAACGUUAGUAAUAAUAUUCUUAUUACAUUUACAUGCUUCUCCUUCCAACACUUGCAUAGCGCACUAGUUUGUAAUUAAAUAUUUAAACAUAUAACUAAAAUUAGUCACCGUAUUUUAUGUUUGUUGUUUUUUUGUUUUUGUAAUUUAAAAUAGCAACAAUAAAAUAUAUUUAAUUGCACUGUAAA